UCUGCGUCCCCGAGUUUUUCAAACCUUUACGAUGUGCAUAUUUGACCGAACUCCUGAAACCGCCUCUCCAAGAAGUCAGUUUGUCUCGCACCUCCCCGCAGUUAUCCACCCGCCGAGCAACGUGUCAAGCCCACUCCACCUCCACAUUUUACCCGGGAUGCAUUCCGGACCUCUCCCUACACUUCCCCCUGCCGCCCUUCCCCCACCAUUUUCUCUCCCCCGGGUUCCCAUCUCUCUCUCCCCGCAAGCCGCCUUAAACGCUCGCCAUCGGCCUGACCAUGAGGCUCUACGUCUACGUGCUGGAAGCCCGCGGCCUGCCCACCGCCAAGCCCUCUGACGGAGGCGCCGCCGCUGCCGGCGUCUACGCGAAGCUCAAGGUGGGGAAGCACAAGUCGAGGACGAGGGCGUUGAGGGGGACCCUCGAUCCCGUGUGGAACCAGGAGUUCGUGUUCCGGAUGGAGGACGACGAGGAGGGGGAAGAACUCGAGGUUGGGGUCUUUCGGGAGGCGGAGGGAGGCGGUGGAGGGGAGCUCCUUGGCCGCGUCCGUCUUCCCGUCCGCGUGGCUUCAGGUGAAGGGGUGCAGACCGUGCCGCCGACUUGGCUCUCUCUGCAGCCCCGGCACCAUGGUGCCAAAUCCAAGGCCAAAGACUGCGGAAAAAUUCUUCUCACCUCAACAUUGUAUGGAAGAAGCAACAGCAAUUCUGUUAACCAUACUUCUCCCCCUUGUUCAAGCCUCGUCAGUAGUGCCAAUGUUAGAGAGCUAAAAGACUCGGCUAGCACACCACAUAAUGUUCUCCAAGGCACAGAAUCUCCUACCAUGACAAAUAUGACUAAAUCAAUUUCUGUAGUAGAACAAACACCAUCAAUUCAAGCUCAUGCUGGCCAUUUAACAGAGAGACAUCCCAGUAAGAAUGAAGCAAGCUUCUCGGUUGUUUCUAGAAUUCAUGAUUUGUUGGAGUUUUCUGAUGUGCUUUCCGGAGAUGAGAGCAAUAAAGGUGCAAAUGUCUUGUUUGAAGAUGCUAUGCAGAUCAUGCAAACAAGGGAGGAAACUAAUAUGCCAGCCAAUCUUGAAGGGGGCAUUCUUCUUGAGGAAACAUACAUGAUAGAGACCAAGGAUCUAAACUCUCUCCUAUUUAAACCUAAUGCACAAUUCAGGAGAGAGCUUGCAGAACUGCAGGGAACCACAAACUAUGAGGAAAAACCAUGGAAAUGGAAGUGCAAGGAUCCACCAUGUUUAGGAAGGUUGGUCACUUACACAAAAGCUGCAACAAAGUUUGUAAAAGCAGUCAAUGCCAUAGAAGAGCAGACCUAUAUGAAAGCGGAUGGGAAAAAUUUUGCAGUUUUGACUCGUGCCAGCACACCAGAAGUCCCGUAUGGUAAGUGCUUUCAGGUUGUUUUGCUCUAUAAGAUAAUGCCUGGUCCACAACUAUCUUCAGGUGAAGAAAGCUCUCAUUUUGUUAUAUCCUGGAAUCUUGAGUUUAACCAAAGCACUGUAAUGAAAAGCAUAAUUGAGGGAACUGCUAGGCAGGGAUUGGAGGACAGCUAUGAAAGCUUUUCCGACUUGCUGUCUCAAUAUAUUAAACCAGUUGUCUCAUCAGAGCUGUCAAAGGACAAAGAGCAGUUGUUGGCACCAUUGCAGCUUGAUCACCAAUCAGAUUGGGAAUUGGCUAUCGAGUACUUUUGCAAUUUUACAGUAGUUUGUACCAUAUUUAUGUGUCUCUAUGUUCUUACGCACAUUGUUUUGUUACGACAUGGUGCAAGCUGGGGACUCGAAUUUAAUGGUUUAGAUUUGCCUGACACAUUUGGUGAACUGAUCACCUCUGGGAUUUUGUUUCUUCAAGGCGAGCGCAUUUUCAAUAUGAUUUCACAUUUUGUGCAGGCAAGAUUACGAAGAGGUAGUGAUCAUGGAGUGAAAGCACAGGGUGAUGGGUGGCUUCUUACUGUCGCUUUAAUUGAAGGAUGUAAUUUACCGUCAGCAGCUUCAUCUGGUUUUUCAGAUCCUUAUGUGGUGUUCAGCUGUAAUGGUGAAACUAGAACAAGUUCUGUCCAGCUUCAAACACUGGAUCCUCAAUGGAAUGAAAUACUGGAGUUUGAUGCGAUGCAAGAACCACCAUCCGUGUUAGAUGUUGAGGUUUUUGAUUUUGAUGGCCCGUUUGACCUAGCAGCCUCUCUUGGGCAUGCAGAAAUAAAUUUCCUGAAACACACGUCUGCAGAGCUGGCUGACAUGUGGAUACCCCUUAAGGGCAAACUGGCUCAAACAUCUCAGAGCAAGCUUCACUUAAGAAUUUUCUUGGACAACACAAGGGGAAUGGAAACUGUAAAAGAAUAUCUAACAAAAAUGGAGAAGGAAGUUGGGAGGAAGUUAAACAUCCGGUCACCUCACAGAAAUUCAAUGUUCCAGAAGCUCUUUGCUCUACCACCAGAAGAAUUUCUCAUCAAUGAUUUCUCAUGCUACUUGAAGAGAAAGAUGCCAUUGCAGGGCAGGCUUUUUUUAUCUGCAAGAAUUGUCGGAUUCUAUGCCAAUCUGUUUGGUCAUAAAACUAAAUUUUUCCUUCUCUGGGAAGACAUGGAGGAUAUCCAAGUGAUUCCUCCUUCUUUUUCAACAUUUGGGAGCCCAGCUUUACAGAUAAUCUUGAGGAGUGGUCGAGGCCUUGAUGCUAGGCACGGUGCAAAGUCUCAAGAUGAAGAAGGAAGGUUGAGAUUUCAGUUUCAAUCAUUUGUAUCAUUCAACAUAGCAAGCAGGACGAUUAUGGCUCUUUGGAGAACAAGAACCUUGAACACUGAACAGAGAGCUAAGCUGGAAGAAGACCAACAGAAUCAAGGUAUAAGAUCAGUUCAGAUUCAGGAUACUGAGACUCUAUUGAAUUUUGGAGACAUCAACCUUUCAAAGGCUUACUCUUCAGAGGUUCCUCUCCAUGUGAGUUGUCCACUCUUUGCUCUAGCAGACCUGCCUUACAUUAUCAGAAUUUUUUUGUCUGGAAGAAAUUCUGUCAGCUUUUUCCCCCAUCACUUGGACUGUUCGCAGGUAAAUUUGCUUAUCGAAUUAUUCGAAGGGGGGAAUCUGGAGAAGAAAAUUAUGGAUAAAGUCGGCUGUCUUAAUUAUUUGGUGACUCAGUGGGAGGCUUUAAGACCCAAUGUUUAUGAAAGACACAUACGUUACAAGUUCAAUCGCCACAUGUCAAUUUUUGGUGGUGAAGCAGUCAGUAGCCAACAAAAAACCCCCACAGCAGCUGGUAAUGGGUGGAUUGUGGAUGAAGUCAUGACUAUCCAUAAUGUCCCAUUUGAUGAUCACUUCCGGGUCCAUUUGAGAUACAAGAUUGAGACCUUGCUACAUAUCUCCUCAACAAGCCAAUGUGAUGUAUUUGUUGGCACAGAAUGGAUAAGAAGCACCAAAUUUCAGAAGCGAAUAACAAAAAAUAUAUGUGAUAAACUAGCUCAUAGGUCAAAGGAGAUAUUUGAACUGGCAGAGAGAGAACUUUCUGCAAAGGCACAAGAUCAGGCUAGCUAGAGAAUAGUGCUUUUUAGUUGCAUAUUAACUGGUGGUCAUGUUAACAGUCAUAAAUUUGAAAUAUAGCACCAUUUGGUUCAGAUAGCAUUUGUACAUUUGUUGAAUUCAUUAAGCAAAACUGAAUGCUAGUAAGAAGUUGUUUUGGUUA